AUGGGAAAUAGUGAGCAAUAAGCUGAAACAAUUAGAAAAUUAAAUCAAGAAGAGUUCGAUAGAUAGUAUAAGGAAAGUGAAAGGGAUAGAAAAAUAUAAAGAAAAAAGGAGAAGUUGGAAGAAGAAAGAUAAAGAUAGAGGGAAUAUGAGAGGCAAUAAGAAGAAGAUAGAAGAAGGAGAGAAUAGCAAGACCAGAAUUCAUAAUGGAAAUGA